ACCACAAGAGAUUGGCCGAUUUGGGAGGUGUUUUGUGUUUGUGCUAAUAUAAACCAAAAUAUAAUAAAUAUGAUACAUCUGACAGGCCAAAAUUAUAAUGCACGUGAUAUAAUUAAGAACAUAUUUUCACCAUUAAUUGGCGUGCUGAGCAGCAACUUGGCCGAUGACAUAUGUCAUCGCAAUAAUUUGUCCUUCGUGGAGCUGCUGCAGCCCUUUGCCAAGCUGCCAAAUGAUGCUCAUUUUCGGGAUGUAUCCGGAACAAGUGUCUCUGUGCGCGGCCUUCGGCUUAACUUCUGUGACGUGGACUGGCGCCCACCGCAAACUGUGCUGGCACGCAAAAUGCUUAAUGAGUCUGUGACGAAUGCGCACAAUGAGAAAACAAAAGUUGUUACAAUUGCUGGCAUCGAUUUGGAAGUGCCCACGGCCGAGCCUUGGUUUGAACAAUGGCGUGAAACAUUUCUCACCGUACAGUUUCCAGCGGAACACGAGUUCACUCGCCAUUUACUGAGCUGUUUGCUCGUAUUGUCCAGCGCUGAUCCACAGAUCGUUGAGACGGCCCAGAAGCUUACACAGCGCGUUCAGCAAAUGCAAAACAUAACGCCACAGAAGCUGCCCAAAUGGUUUCAACCCACGGAAGUGCUCAACAGCUACGUUGUGCUGCACGAGGCAAGCCAAGGAGAUUUGUCGAGGGCGCAGCAGGGCUUUGAGCUGCUCAAGUCUACGUUCGGCAAUAACAAAUGCUUCCUGGUGUCGAUCAAUUCGAUGGAAGGGAACGCUCCUAAUGGCAUACCGGACUAUUGGAUCAAUUACAUCAAACGACAGCCGAAAACCGAUCAAAUGGCAUCAACUGAGCUAAGUGCACCCAAAUCUCCGCAAGACGCCGUCUCGGUAAUCAGCAUGCCUGCCAUGCAAAUGUCGCAGCUGAUCGAUAGUCAAGCCGCGCAAGAGAACGACUUGACCAUGCUGCAUCCGCUUAGCCCCAUGCAAGAGAGCGCCACCGAAGCCAUCAACUCAAAGUUCAGCAUCAGCAGCGAAAGCAUCGCUUCGCAGACAAUCAAUCCGAAUGUCUGGGCCAAUGAAGUGGAUGCAGAUGCUCCGCAUGGCAGCUGUCUGACCUCACGCGACAUUGACAAUUUGCGUCACUUUGUGCAGGACUAUGCGGUGCGCGCUUUGAUACCCUACAUAGAGCAUCUGGUGGUGAUGCUAAGCGAGGGGGUGACCAAUAAAAAGGGCGUCAGCAAAUCCCUGCUGAGUGCCACCAAACGUUGGUUCGUCACCAGCAAGCCAGGAGCUGGUGCCAACAAUCAAAAUGCGGUCAUUUACACGAAUGAAUCGGCGGAACUGCAAACCCGUAAACUGGGCGAUCUCUACUUCAUGUUUGGCCACUAUAAUCUGGCCUUUCAGGCCUACCACCAGGCCAAGCGGGACUUCAAUGCAGACUCCGCCUGGCAGUAUUAUGCGGGCGCCUUGGAAAUGGCUGCACUCUCCGCCUUCAUGCUGGGCACAGCGCACCGCAAGACCUACGACUACAUGGAGGACGCCAUCGUCAGCUAUUUAACUGUGUGCAAGCUACAGCAAUUUGCGACACGCGCCACUCUCUUGAGCAUGGAGUGCUUGAAGACGGCACGUCUGUAUGGCGAGGUGGCCAAGCAGCUGAUACGCAUGACCAGCGAGGAGUCCGAUCUGCGUUCCGCCUUGCUGCUCGAGCAGGCCGCUUAUUGCUUUCUUGUUACACAGCCGCCAAUGCAUCGCAAGUAUGCCUUUCAUAUUGUUCUGGCUGGCAAUCGGUAUUCGCGAGCGGGUCAGCGCAAGCACGCGUAUCGCUGCUACCGCCAGGCCUACCAGGUGUUCCAGCAGCGCCAAUGGAGUCUGGCCGAGGAUCACAUACAGUACACCGUGGCCAAGCAGGCGUAUAUGCUGAAACAGCUGGAGGAGUCGAGUCGUUCCUUUGCCCAUUUAUUACGUCCGGGCAGUUUGCAGAGUGCGCAGCAGCAGAGCAGCUUUCUGAAAGAGUAUAUUCAAACGCAGAAUGAGCUGCUCAAGCGUAGUCCGGACCUGGGUCUCUUGCCACACGCUCUGCCACAAGUGGUGCAAUCGUCGGUGCGUGUGCUGACGCUUGUGCAGCCGCCUAGCGUUCAGCCACCUCAAGUGCCGGCUAGCAAUAUAGACAUUAACUCAAAUAUGACUGCCGACGAAACAAUUUGGCACAAGAUUGAGGAAAUGCUAGUCAUCACUGCCGCAUCCAAUAAGCCAUUUGUGUUUAAGCCUUCGCGCUAUUUGUUCACCAAACAGCAGCCGGCCACAGAAUGUCCGCUGGCUGUGCAGGGCGAACCCAUCGAGUUGGCUGUGACGUUGUCGAACAGUGUACGCUGUGCUAUUACCUUGUCGGACAUUGAUCUGCUCUGGCGACUGACGUUGGACAACGAGGAGGUGCUCUCCAAUCUCUGUGUAUAUGAACAGUCCUCGGACAGCGCCAGCAAAGCGGCCGUUGGUGCAGCCAUCAAGACUAGCUGUCUGUCCGCCUUGGAGCUGGCUGAGCAGGCAAAGCAAAUGCUGCACUUUAAGCUCACGCCCAAGCUGACCGGCCGUCUGUCCAUACUGGGCGUGGUCUGUCGCGUGGCAGCCAAAGCGGAUCCAGCGGCCAGCCUAUUGGGUCUGCUACAGUUCGAAACGCAACGCAUUAAGCCCGCAAUGGCCAAGCAAUCUUCUCAGACGUUGAUGGACAACAGGCUUAGUAUUAAACUAGUGCCGCAGGUGCCAGCAUUAAGUGUCAGCUUUAGUCCUGUGCCCAGCGAGCUGCUGGCUGGUGAAAUUGUGCCCGUUUCAAUCACGCUGCGUAACUUGGGCAUAGCACCGAUCGAAGAAAUCUAUUUGGGCUGCGAUAAUCCGCGUUGCAUAGCUCUACUCGAGCAGCAGCAUAACGAAAUGCCUCUGACCAUACUCAGCUCCCUGCGCAAUGUGUCAAACGAUAAACUGGUCAAGGAUAAGGAAAUACGGCGCCAACGCGUCUUUCGUCUGCUGCAUCGCACUGGACAGGCUGCUCUAGAGGCACAACAGGGGCACACAAUAUCCAUGUGGCUUCAGGCACCGCAGACCGCUGGCAACUUUACGCUGCGCCUGCUCUUCUACUAUGCACUGCCGGCAGCUGUGAAUGCCCACAUUAAGUAUCGCCUGGUGCGUCACAUUUGGCAGGUGCAGGUGCAGAGCUGUCUUCAGGCCGAAGCCACCUGUGUGGUCAGCAAUGCUGUUAGCCGCGAACUGGGACUCGAUGUGAGCUUGAAGAAUGUGAGUGCGGUGCAGUCAACGGAAGUUUAUAUCAACUCGUUGUCCUUGUACUCCAGGGAUUACUCGUUGAAGCCACAAAAUUUGUAUAUCAUGAACAAUAUGGAAUUGAGCGCUGGUCAGGCGGGUGCGCAAUGUCUCAAGUCAGCCAAAUGCUGCAGCUUUCAGUGUCGCCUUCAGGAAAAAGAGGAGGAGCAAUUGCCGGAUAAGCCAGCGCUUAAAGUCCUAUUGCAGAAGCGCUUGUCCCGUUUGGACAUUAUGCCGGCGCAGCAUGCACAGCAGUUGGAGCAGCAUGCACCACAGCUGCAUGAAGCGCACAGUUUUCUGGUUAACGAGGAAACGAAUUACUUUAAUACAAACAUAGGGACGGAGGAGUUCAAUGUCAGCAUUGCUAACUAUGAACCACAUGCCACCGUCGUACUUAGCUGGAGCGCUCUGUUGCAAAAGGACGAUGUGCAGCGGUUGGCCAGUGGAAUGCACUUUAUAAAGCUGUAUAAUCUCUACGAGACGGGCAGCUGUCCUGGCAUUGGUGACACAUUGUAUAGACGCCGCCUGUCCCUGGGCGAGACACGGCACAAGCGUGAAUUCCAUAUACCUGAUGAUAGUGGAUUAGAAGCGGCCAGCGAACAGUUGGCGGACGAUGACAUGGCCGACUACUGGGAACGGAAUGAUCACUAUGUCGCGCAGCGCUGUCUGCUCGAGGACGAGACAUUUGUGUUGUCAGCCAGAGCUUAAGUUAACUUCUUUACGUUCCACAUAUUGUGUCUUUUCGCAUGUGAUUAUACAGAUCUAGCUAAUAAAUUGAUUGUUAAUCUACAUGAGUUAUACAUAUACA